GUUCAUUACAAAUACUAUUUUAUCCCCUUAUCCCUGCGGAUUUUCUUGGUUUUGGUUUUUGGGGGAAAAAUGGAUAACUGUCUUAUUAUGGGUUAAGGUACUUACAAUUUAUAAAGGGUGUUAGGAGAGCGUCUUCAAGGGUCAACUCUUGCUUUGCUUUUUGAAGACAUUACUGUUUUGGGUUUUUGUAGUUGGAAGAAGGGGGAAAAAGGUUUCCUCAUAAUUUUGACAUUAUGAAGGUUCUUGGCAUCUACUCUUCUCUGUUUCUGUUUGGAAUUGUUCUUCUGGUCCUCAGCUUCUCUGUUACAGAAGGUAGCUCCUUCAAUCCAGAUACGGCGCUUUCCCAACAUGGCGGUGGUAUGACAGCAGCAAUCAAUCGAAAAUUGAAGGGGCAUGCCUAUGAUUUUGAUCCAAGCAAUGUAGAUCUGGAAGAUUAUCAUCCCGUCGAUCCACCUCCAAGUUCAAAGGCUUCCAUUUCACCAGGCCCCAUCGUGCAUGGUAGCCCUCUUAUUCCAUACAUACCAGGGCCCUUACCUCCCGGUCCUCCCAAUACUGGUGGAUCCACUUAGCCUCCUAAUGAUCCAUUUCUUAGUGAAAUGCUAGAAAUGUCAAAAAUAUAUGGCUAUGUAGCUUGUGUUUGAUGUUUUUAACUAUGUUCUCGAUAAUAUUCUGUCCAGACAGUGAAAUAUAAAGUCCAGUCACAAUCCAAAGCAACGUAUUUGUAAGAGUGUUGUUUGACAAUGACUAGUUCCUGUCUUUCACGUUCGAGUUUGACCAACAGGGAAAUAACAAGCUCAUUCUUUGUACUCUUUUGUUUCCCUGAACAAAUUCCAUUUUGUUCC